AUGAAUAUGUUGGAUGAUGAAGAUGACCAAAGUUUUCACGCUACGCGUGACGGCUACUCCCAUUUGAGCGAUGUCGAAUGGGAUGCGGUUGAACGAAUGGGUUCGACCAUGGGCAUCCAUGCUGUUAGCGUCAUGCUAGAGGCUCUCAAUAGAGAUGCCCAACAUGCUACUAUCGCCAAGUUCAUUCAAAAUGAACUUGACGCUGAACGCGAGAAAGUAGCCUUGCUUCACCAACAAGGUUCUCAACAAGCAGAGUUGUUGAGAGAACAAGAUGCUCAACAGUUUGAACUGUUGAGACAGCAACAGGCUGCUGCUGGCGGGUCGAUGCACUCGCGUCGACCCGAGACUUUGAAGAUUGACAUCUCAAAGUAUAAGGGAGUCGAAGAGGACUCCCUCCUGAGAUAG